CAAUGGUUGAAUGACUGUAGUGAGGUUAGGGUUACACGCCAAGUGCUUAUACCAUUUUCUAUUGGUAGGUACAAGGAUGAGAUCUUGUGUGAUGUGGUACCUAUGCAGGCAAGCCAUAUGUUGUUGGGUAGGCCGUGGCAAUAUGAUAGAAAAGUGCAACAUGAUGGGUUCAAUAACAAGUACUCCUUUACUUAUGAAGGACAGAAGGUUAUACUCGCUCCUUUAUCACCUCAAGAGGUAUAUGCUGAUCAAAUAAAGAUGCUAGAGAGGGAGAGGGAGGCUUCGGCCUUGGCUACAAAGGGGAGUGAGAGCUUGAGUUCUGCGGUAAAAAUGAGAGAAAAGUAUGAGUCUGAGGAGGGGAAGGCAAAACAGACAUUUUAUGUGAGAGCGAGAGAGGCUAAGAAUGCUAUAUCUUUAGGGCAGCCCAUGUUGCUUAUAAGAUAUAAGGAGAUUUUAUUUGCUGACACUGAUAUUAACCUUUCUUCUUUGCCUUCUAGUUUUAAGUCUAUGAUGCAGGAAUUCACUGAUGUCUUUCCGGAUGAGCUACCUAGUGGAUUGCCACCGUUGAGGGGGAUUGAGCAUCAAAUAGAUUUCAUACCUGGUUCUAGCAUUCCAAAUAGACCAGCUUACCGAAGCAAUCCAAUGGAAACAAAGGAAAUGCAAAGGCAAAUUGACGAGCUUAUGGAGAAGGGAUUGGUGAGAGAAAGUUUAAGUCCAUGUGCUGUUCCUGUGCUGCUUGUUCCAAAGAAGGAUGGCACUUGGCGAAUGUGUGUUGAUUGUAGAGCAGUUAACAAGAUCACAGUGAAGUAUAGGCAUCCUAUACCUCGGCUAGAUGACAUGUUGGAUGAGCUUCACGGUGCCAGGUACUUUACAAAAAUUGAUCUUAUGAGUGGAUAUCAUCAGAUUAGGAUGAAACCUGGUGAUGAAUGGAAAACUGCAUUUAAGACAAAGUAUGGUUUGUAUGAAUGGUUAGUUAUGCCUUUUGGUUUGUCAAAUGCACCUAGUACGUUUAUGAGGCUAAUGAAUCAUGUGUUGUGUGCAUACUUAGGAAAAUUUGUAGUUGUUUACUUUGAUGACAUCUUGAUCUAUAGCAGGUCUCUCGACGAACAUAUUGAGCAUGUUAGAUCAAUUUUUAUUCCUAGUGCAAUUGAUGAAGGGGGAGAGCUGAACUAUCCUCCUCUUGCAAAGUUGGCAUUGGCAGUCCUGAUGUCUGCCACAAAGUUACGUCCAUACUUCGACUCACACACUAUAGAAGUUAGGACAGAUUAUCCUUUGCGAAAGGUUUUAUAUAGGUCGGAGCUUUCACGGCUAUCCACCUGGGCAGUAAUAUUGUCAGCCUAUGAUAUCAGGUAUGUCUUAAGAAAGGCCAUGAAACCCCAAGCAGUAGUCGGUUUUAUUGCAAAAAUGACUCCUCCAUUAAAGUCUUCAGAAUUUCCUGAAUCAACCAUCAAGGAGUGGAAGAGUCAAACCAAGAUAAAGCAACACUACGUGACAAAACUUGCUUUCAACGCUACCAACAACAUAGCCGAGUACGAGACAGAAAGGAUCAAAGACAGGCAGGGCAACCGUGAGCUUCACCAGGUGGCUAGAGGUGAUAAUGAAGAGGCCUAUUUUCUAGCUAAAAUGGCAGCAAUAGAGGAAGGAGGAUCAUGGAUGACACCCGCGUAUAAGUUUUUGACACAAGAUGAUCUACCGGCUGAUGAAUUAUCAGCUAAACAGAGGCGGCCCAGUUCUCCUCAACCUGAGACUGUAGCUCCUGGACUUGGCGCUGAAGUAUGGCCACUUGAUUCUCGACUUCUUUUGUCUAAUUCUCAAGGGCUGAUUUUGAAGUAUUUUCCUGAUCCAAGUUCGCCUAGAGCUUGUCCACCGACUCUAGAGUCUCUUUCAUGGUUGAUACGAGCAAGUUUUUUAUCACAUGUUGGUCCUGGGUUCCGCAUCAAUGAUGCCUUCCACUUCGUCAACCCCAACCUUCAGCCUUAA